GAUGCGGCAGCUACUGGCUCUUCUCGGCGGCGCUGGCGACUGCCCAUGCUGCCAAAUGUGUGGGGGGCUCCCCUUCUUACUGCUCUGUCUCCUCCCCAGCUUUUGCACACCACCCCCAGUCUCUGGCCUGGCCUGGGAGGAAACAUCUGUCGCGCCCCCUAGCAGCAGAAAUGGGGUCAUGACCUCCAGAUGUGCUGGGAAGCGGCCAGCGCCUCCUCCUGGGCCGGCCAGGCCUUCCGGAUCUGUGGGGGUGGGGCAGCCCCCCCAGUGACACAGGCCGUGAGGAAUGUUCCGGCCUCAAUGGACCCUGUGUGAAGCUGCAGGGUGGAGAGUAGAGCCGAAGAACACCCUCCAAGGCUGGGCCAGAACAAGAGGCAGCUCCCGAGCUGGGCACACACACAUUAACAGAGCUAACCCACAGCAUGCAGACCACAUCUUAUAUGGAGCAGGGCCUGCAUAGACUCCCCUCAUGACCUCUUUCCCCCACCCUCCCACACCAGGGUCUGGGCUCAAGCAUGCAUGUGUCCAGAGGUUGGCAUAUGGGACCAGGGUCUGGAUCUGCCAAGCACACAUAUGGCUAAGCACACUUGCUUCACUCCUUUCAACGUCCCAACAGUCUUUAGAGGGGACAGAAAUAUUUAACCCUGUUUUAGAGAUGAGAAAACAGCAGUUCAAAGUCAGCAUCAGAACUUAUCCUAGGAGAAACCAAGGUAGGAUGCUUCCAGAGCUAGGGAGGCCUACGUUUGCUUGGUUCUUGAGGCCCCAGCCAAGGGGAACAUGGAGCCCAGCUCCACGUGAUGCCAUUAGAUGAUGCACAGAGGCCAACCUCACAUACUUGUACCCCAGUGGAGGGUGCUCAACUCUCUGUCCUGGCUGACUGCUCUAUCCAGGGCUUACCAUGGCAUGGUUUCCCCUCAAGUUCUCACCCCACCUUUAGCAUCUGCCUCUGGCUUUGUCACAUUUCCGCAGUAAACAGGACCCCGGGGCCUUGAGUGUCUCAGUUUUACAUCCUGUGAGAUCUUCAGCCUCAGUCCAACCCCCACUCAUUCUAUACCUAAGCACACAGCAGUGGGCAGGUGCAACUCAGUUUAGGCCCUGGAGACUGACAGACCAAGCUGAGAUCCUAGCUCUGAUGGAAUUGGUUCAGGCAACAGCAUUGCACUUUGAUCUCCUGUCACUUGGAGUUCAGCCCUCCUGUCCACAUCAGUGAGACCAAGAAGGCAGAAGUCAGUAGGGCUUCCAAUUCCAGCAAUGGGGCUGGGUCAGUAUGACUUCCUCUCUUUCCCCAGGCACAGGCAUAGCAGCCUGCAAAAUAGUGGGCCUGGGCCUGUCCUUGAAGUCAAGGUGACUUGGGUCCCAUGACUGAGCUGGUGUGACCCCAGCACCUUUCUCAGGAUGUGGGGGCUGGGGUGGGAGCUGGGCCCAGAAUUGGGGCCAUUUCCUGUGCUGAAGGAAGUCUUCAUGUCAUUCCUGCUGCGCUGCCACUAUUCCCUGGGAACCCUUAUGUCCUUGAGGGCAGGAACCGCUGCCACAAUCUUGGCCAACUGGUUGGGCACUAACCACCUGUGCCCGCCAAUGCGGCCCGGGCCCUGGAAAGUAAGGCUGGCAGAGCGUGCCCAUGUGGGCUGGUGGUGUGGGCAGCCCUCGGCGGGGCAUGGCCCCUGCACCCACAGAUGACCUCUUCGCCCGAAAGCUGCGCCAGCCAGCACGGCCUCCACUGACACCACACACCUUUGAGCCGAGGACAGCCCGAGGCCCACUCCUGCGUAGUGGCAGCGAUGCAGGCGAGGCCAGGCCCCCCACGCCAGCCAGUCCCCGUGCCCGCGCCCACAGCCAUGAAGAGGCUGGCCGCCCUGCUACAGCUUCUACACGUCUGUUCACUGACCCGCUAGCACUUCUAGGAUUGCCAGCAGAGGAACCCGAGCCUGCUUUCCCGACAGUGCUUGAGCCCCGAUGGUUUGCCCACUAUGAUGUACAGAGCCUGCUCUUUGAUUGGGCUCCAAGGCCACGAGGGAUGGGGGGCCAUACUGAGGCCAGCUCUGGGACACUGGCUUCAGCUGAGGACCAGGCUGUGAGCUCAGACCUGCUGCUUGGGGCCCCUGGCUUUGUGUGUGAGCUUGGGGGUGAGGGUGAGCUAGGCUUGGGUGGACCAUCACCUCCACCUGUACCCCCCACGCUGCCCAAUGCGGCUGUGUCUAUCCUGGAGGAGCCACAGAACCGAACCUCAGCCUACAGCUUGGAGCAUGCAGACCUGGGUGCUGGCUACUACCGCAAGUACUUCUAUGGCAAAGAACACCAGAACUUCUUUGGGCUGGACGAGGUGCUGGGCCCAGUGGCAGUGAGCCUGCGGCGGGAAGAGAAGGAAGGCAGUGGAGGGGGCACCCUGAACAGCUACCGUGUCAUCGUGCGGACCACACAGCUCCGGACCCUCCGUGGCACCAUCUCGGAGGAUGCAUUGCCACCGGGGCCCCCUCGGGGCCUGUCCCCAAGGAAGCUUCUGGAGCACGUGGCACCAAGGUUGAGUCCGACCUGUCUGCGCCUAGGCUCGGCUUCACCCAAGGUGCCUCGCACGCUGCUCACACUGGAUGAGCAAGUGCUGAGCUUCCAGCGCAAAGUGGGCAUCCUGUACUGCCGGGCAGGCCAAGGCUCAGAGGAGGAGAUGUAUAACAACCAGGAUGCAGGAUCUGCCUUCAUGCAAUUCCUCACCUUGCUGGGUGAUGUGGUGCGGCUCAAAGGCUUUGAGAAUUACCGGGCCCAGCUGGACACCAAAACGGAUUCCACGGGCACACACUCCCUCUACACCACGUACCAGGACCACGAGAUCAUGUUCCAUGUGUCUACGAUGCUGCCUUAUACCCCUAACAACCAGCAGCAGCUCCUGCGCAAACGCCAUAUCGGCAACGACAUUGUGACCAUCGUGUUCCAGGAACCUGGCAGUAAGCCCUUCUGCCCCACUACCAUCCGCUCCCACUUCCAGCACGUGUUCCUAGUGGUGCGGGCGCAUGCCCCCUGCACCCCACAUACCUCUUACAGGGUGGCAGUGAGCCGCACUCAGGACACCCCGGCCUUUGGGCCAGCCCUGCCCCGUGGCGGAGGCCCCUUUGCAGCCAACGCAGACUUCCGGGCUUUCCUGCUGGCCAAGGCGCUCAAUGGCGAACAGGCGGCCGGGCACGCACGCCAGUUCCAUGCCAUGGCCACGCGCACUCGCCAGCAGUAUUUGCAGGACUUGGCCACGAAUGAAGUGACCACUACGUCGCUGGACUCGGCUUCGCGCUUCGGCCUGCCUUCCCUGGGCGGGAGGCGCCGAGCACCUCCUCGGAGCCAGGGCGCUGAGCUGCAGGCGGCGGGCUCGCUGGUGUGGGGUGUGCGCGCAGCGCCCGGGGCGCGGGUCGCAGCCGGGGCCGAGGCUGGAGGCCCCGAUGGCACCGAGGUGCCCUGCCUACUGGGCAUCUCGGCCGAAGCUUUUGUGUUGGUGGCGCCGCGCGACGGCCGCGUAGUCUUUAACUGUGCCUGUCGCGACGUGCUAGCCUGGACCUUCUCCGAGCUGCAGCUCGACCUGUACCACGGACGCGGAGAGGCGAUUACCCUGCGGUUCGACGGUCCUCCGGGCCAAGCGGUGGGAGAGGUGGUGGCGCGCCUACAGCUGGUGAGCAGGGGCUGUGAGACCCGCGAGCUGGCACUGCCCCGCGACGGCCAAGGUCGCCUGGGCUUCGAGGUGGACGCCGAGGGCUUCGUCACUCAUGUGGAGCGCUUCACGUUCGCCGAGACGGCAGGGCUGCGUCCCGGGGCGCGUCUGCUGCGCGUGUGCGGCCAGACGCUGCCCAGCCUCGGUCCCGAGGCUGCUGCCCAGUUGCUGCGCUCAGCGCCCAAGGUCUGCGUCACCGUCCUGCCCCCCGACGACAGCGGGCGGCCCCGCAGGAGCUUUUCGGAGCUGUACCAGCUGUCUCUGCAGGAGCCCAGCCGGCGAGGGGCCCCAGAGCCAGGGGACCCAGAACCAGCUCAGGAGGAAGCACCAAGGGUGGUCCUGCUGCCUGUCACAAAGCAGCUGCUACAUCUGUGCCUGCAAGAUGGCAGUGGCCCUCCAGGGCCUCAGGAUCUGGCUGAGGAGCGGACUGAGUUCCUGCACAGCCAGAAUUCGCCCUCAUCCCACAGCUCCCUGUCAGAUGAGGCCCCAGUCCUGCCCAACACCACCCCAGACCUCCUCUUGGCCACCACAGCCAAGUCAUUGACACCUGGUGCUGAUAGGGAGACACACCCCACCCAGGAUGGGCCUAACCAUCUCAGUGGUUCUGAAGACAAGGAUGACCCGGCCCCAGAGCUGAGGGCCUCCUUUCUGCCACGAACCUUGUCUCUGCGGAACUCCAUCAGCAAGAUCAUGUCACAGGCAGGCAGCGAGACUCUGGAGGAUGAAUGGCAGUCUAUCUCGGAGAUUGCCUCCACUUGCAACACCAUUCUGGAGUCACUGUCCAGGGAGGGACAGCCCAUCCCAGAGAGUGGAGACUCCAAGGGAACUCCAAAGUCUGAUGCUGAGACAGAAUCUGGGAGCCUGUCGGAGAAGGUCUCUCACUUGGAGUCCAUGCUCAGGAAACUGCAGGAAGAUCUGCAGAAGGAGAAGGCAGACAGGGCAGCCCUGGAGGAGGAGGUACGGAGCCUGAGGCACAACAACCGGCGGCUACAGGCUGAGUCGGAGAGCGCAGCCACUCGCCUGCUCCUGGCCUCUAAGCAACUGGGCUCACCCACUACCGACUUGGCCUGAGCCAUCACAUCCAGACUCAGCCUAGUGGUGGAACUGCUUGGAACCACCUGGGCUUUUCAGGGCUCCAGCAUCAUCCUGAGCCCUUGGCCCUCCUCAGGAAUUCUUUCCCUGCGCGGAAGCGUUUCUUAGCACUGCCCCCCACUCCCUUACCCCAUUCUUUGGUGGUGGAAGCUACCCCCACCCUGUCCCUGUUUGUAAAUAUUCUUCAGAGAAAAGGGACUUCAGGGAGUAAAGAAGCCACUGCUAUUUGUAUCUGUA